AUGGAGAGCCAAAAACAAGCGUUCUUGAGUGCGAGUGAAGUGCAAAGUGCCCUUAAAAAGGCCGUCGGACCAAACGUGACCCUGAAGGGCUACACCCUGAAGCCUGUCAGCGGCACCGUAAAGGUCGGAUUCACGGGCGAGCACUUCAUCGUUCAGGUGGAAUACCAGGAGAGCCGCAUUUCCUACCAGGCCACCAGCAGGACCAGUUUCUUCGUCAAGCGCAUUCCGGACGCAAAAACAAAUUGCGACUUCAUUUUCGAAACCGGGCUUUAUGCCAAGGAACGCGAAAUGUACGAAAAACUAUUGCCAAUGAUGUGCAAAGCGCUCAAAGUGCCAAAACUACCAGUUCCGGACUGUUUGAUCAUCUGCGAUGAAAAUUAUUUUGUUUUUGAGGACAUGCUUAGGGCAGGGUACAAGCUAAGGGACAAGAACCAGUAUCUGGAAAUGGCCGAAUGCAAGGCCCUGAUCGAGGCCGUCGCCCUGCUGCACGCCGGCAGCGUCGCCAUCGAAGCGAAAACCGGCAAAAUGAUGGCCUUCCACAUGAAAAACCACCAAGAGGUGGUGAUAAAAAAAGAAAAUACGGCUGCUGUGGACAUCGCAGGCUCUUGGCACGCGGCCAGCCUGGCUUCCACCCUGGGACUUAUUUUAAAAAUGGACGAGUUCAAAGGCAAAGUGGCUCAGGUGCCAAAAGAAAAACUGGUACAGAAAUUGAGCAAAGCGUGGGACGACAGCGCCGAAAUGGCCUCGGGUUUUUCGUCGAAAUUUGCAAACGUUUUGUCGCACGGUGACCUCUGGCUGAACAAUAUGCUUUUCAAGGAUGACCCGAACGGACAGGUCAAGGCAACAUUGAUCGACUUUCAAACAUACAGAUACGCGCCUCCAGUUUUGGACAUUUUGAGUUUCCUCCAUUUGACCACGAGUCGCAAGUUCCGGUGGAACCAUCAGUCGGAAUUGCUCAAAUUCUACCACUCGACUCUGGUGAAAAUUCUGCUCAAGGCGAAUGUCAAUCCAGAUUUGGCGCCUUCACUCGAGGAAUUGGAGAAAUCUGCGUUUAGCUUGCGUCUCUUCGGGAUUGCCAUUGCAGCGAGGUACAUGCCAACAGCACUGAAAACUGAAUUUACGCCAGCGGAGCAGCAAUUGAGUGCCGCUGAAAAAGAUGGGAUACCUCAGGAAUAUAUUCGAGACAGCUCCGACUUAAUUAUCCAUUCGUUCGGAAGAUCGCCGACGAUGAAAACCAGAGUGGCCGAGGCUAUUGAAGAGCUUAUUGAUUUUCUUGAGCUCUAAAAGAAAAGAUUAUCAACCUGAUUAGACUUAAAUAAGUAAAAAGCAGGGAAUAUUUCUGAUAAGGCUUUUAUUGUAGACCAAUAUUUUUAAUUAUCAUAUCGUGAAAAAAUUCAAAAUUGCUGCAAUUAUAAAUAUAUAUUUAUAUUUUACCUUCAAAACGUAUUGUUGCCGGUGGGUCCUCUAUAAAAUGGCUACAGGUUAAUAUAGAGUUGGCACUUUUCUUGUCGUUUGUAGAUUAACCGCGGCGGCCCAAGUCUCUUUUGAUAUCGGGCGUUUUAGCCAACAUUUGCUAGUUUUAAAUUCUCUCUUCUGUUUUACAAAUUUAUGUAUCAACUGAGAAAUAUAAAUAAUAGUGAUUGAUAAUUUAUCGCCAGCACACUUCUUAUGUCAUAUGAACACAUAUUGUCGGCAAAUUAUUAUUGGCUACUCUAAUUUUCAUAAUUACAAAGGUUAAACAAAACCUAGUCUAAUGCAAAUUGAUUAUACUUAACUAGAUUAAAGCAGCAAUUUCAUGAUUUAAUUAUUAUUUAUCAAUAUUCUAUUAAAUAUCAAUAAUGAAUAAAAUGACAAAGAAGGAUGAGGAAUAUAAAGGGCAUGAAAACAAGCAAAUAUAUGUAAAUGUAGCUAAAUGCUUGCCAUCUAAAGAGAUACAGCCGCCGCAGAGAACACAGAUUAAUAGAAUAAGCUAAAAUUUUAAAUUUAAAUAAUAAACAAUGUUUUAAAGUAAAAAAAAAAA